UAGCUGGGCGCGGCCAUAUCGGAAUCGUGAAGCUACUUUUGGAAAGGAAAGAUGUCCACAACACCACACCAGACAACAAGAGCCAAGCGGGCACUCCCCAAAGACUUUGAUAAAGUUGCCAGGAUCCUACAGGAACCGGAAAUUACCUAUUCCGCCACCGCCGAUCCUCGUAGCCAGGCGUCUCGCCCACCCUCCGUUCGCCAUGACUAGUCCACGGUGGAGAUCCAAGCGUGCGAUCCUAUCCCUGACAUCACAUACUGUACCUCUCACUGGCAGACACCCGUGAGUAGGAUGGGAUACCGGGCAUUAAUGACACUGUUCCCAAGUUCACAGAUCAUGACCCUUCCCCAACCAAACCGUCCACCCCACCUCAACUCCCCCAUAUGGCACCCGAAGUUCUCAUACCCUCCAGGAAACUGACACACAUCCCAACACCUGACCAACCC